AUGAAUAAAGGCAGCUCCUUUGCAAAGAACUCCAAGGAGGAUACACAGAAAUCAGAGAAGAAAUGCAAGGCCUUCAAGGAUAUUUCCAAAUACUUCUCUAAGGAAGAGUGGGCAAAGCUUGGAUACUCAGAUAAAAUCACCUACGUGUACAUGAAGAGAAACUAUGACACCAUGACUAGUCUAGGUCUCAGGGCCUCUCUCCUGGCCUUCAUGUGUCCUAAAAAACGAGCCAUGAAAUCUAACGGGCGUGAUUCUGAUGAUGAUCAGAACGAGAAUCAGGAUGAAUCUUCUCAGGAAGCUUCUGAUGCUCAAGAGAGAGAGAAAAUGAAGGUGAUGCUCGAGAAAACAAUAAAGGAAGAAAGCGAUUCGGAACCAAUACCAAUAACACCUGGCCCUGAGCAGGCUCAGAAAGAGCCGUGCCCCCCAGAAGAAGCGAGUACCUCUGGUCAACAGAGUGAGAACAUACCAGGACCCAGGAAAGUAAUGAAUAGCGUUUGGGCCUAUAGACUGCGGGAAAGACAGACCCUGAUCGUGUAUGAAGAGAUCAGUGAUCCCGAGGAAGAUGAUUAA